AGAAGUUCAAAAGGAAACCGGACGGUCGUCAGUUGUAUCGUAACUUCACAGUGAGUCGAACGUCUAGUGCUGUAGUUGAUAGUUAAUACAAUGGAGCGUGCAAGCGAUCUGAAUUUUCACAUGGGGCAAUUGUUUUUGGAUUCUAUGAAGAGACGGCCCGACGCAAUUUGUCAGAUUGAUCACGCGACUGGCGAACAAGAAACCAAUGCAUCAGUAUUAAAGCGGUCUAUACGGUUAGCGAGAUGCUUCAGAAAACUGGGAUUCAAGCCCGGGGAUGUUCUAGCUCUUGGAGGCAGAAACCACAUGGAUUUGUUCAUUCCGUAUUAUGCGGCAUUAAUGAACGGGCUGCCCAUAGUUGGCGUGGAUCCUUUGUUUAAGUUUGAUGAAAUUAACACGGUGAUAAAAACUACUAGGCCAAAAGUAGCGUUCUGUCAAAAAGAAAAUUAUUGUGACUUUGUAAAGGCAGCAGAACAAGCAAAUAUAGAUACCAAAGUCUUCACUUUCGAUGGUGAGAAUCCCAUGGCUGAAUUGAUCGAGCAGUAUGAUGACAAUUCACCAAUAGACGAUUUUCAGGUAGCAACGUUCGACCUGAGCAAAAUAUACGCGUGGCUCGUCAGCUCUGGUGGCACAACAGGGAUAAUCAAAUUCGCAGCAUUCACACACAUGGCCUGGUUCCAGAAAAUGAUGAGCCCAGCGUUGACAAUGUUUAAUAAGAAAAAAGCGGAAGAACUAACACCAAGAAAUGGCCUGCAUAUAUCACCAAUUCAAUGGAUAUCCGGGUUCUUCAAUCCGAUCAUAAUGCCGUUGACAAAAAUGACGAGAGUGCAAAGUUCUUCGCCGAAUUUAACCACAGGAGACAUUAUCGACAUGAUUAAUAUAUAUAAACCCGCAACAGUCAUGAUGAGCCCGACUCUAGCGUCCUCUAUGAUAAAGCACGAGAAGGUCUGUGACUUUGCCUGCUUUAACAUGGUCAUAUUGACCGGGGGCAAGGUGUAUCCGGAUGUAUGGAGCGAAGUUCAGAAAAGAACAAGAGAAGACGCUGCGGUUUUCGAAAUUUAUGGCCAAACGGAGAAUUUGGGGCCAAUUUUCUUACCAAAUCCCAAGGGGCCGGUUGGAAACUGCGGCAAGAGAUCUGACGCUGUACUAGUGAAGCUAAUAGAUCCAGACACGGGUAAAGAAAUUACAGAGCCAGGCGUUCCCGGUGAAUUAUGGACAAAAGGAAUUUGUUUUGCGGAGUACUAUAACAAUCCUGAAGAAACAGCGAAAGCGUUUACUGAAGACGGAUGGUUCAAAACCGGCGAUUUAUUGUAUAGAGAUGCGGAAGAUAACUUCUUCUUUGUGGAGAGGUUGAAAAUGGUCAUCAAAAAUAGAGGUUACACGAUAGUACCUCCAGAAAUAGAGGAGGUGAUCAGACAGCACGAAGGAGUUUAUGACGUAAGCGUGACGUCAGUAGACGACGCGGACGAAGGAGAUUUGCCAGUAGCGUGCGUCGUCCGAAACAAGGGUGCCAACGUCACCGCCCAAGAGAUCAAGGACUUGGUUGCUAGUAAACUAUCCGCAAGUAAACAGUUACGAGGAGGUGUAGCAUUUAUGGACGCCCUUCCAAUGACAUCUGCAGGGAAAAUAGCCCGUGCAAAACUAAAAACAAUGGUGGCCGAUCUACAGAGAGAAUAAUUAGGUCAAUAUUAGUAUAAAUUCGUCUGGCUAUUAUGGUAAAGUGAUUUUCGUACCACUGAGAAAGACGCCCGUUAGUCAAUGUCGUAUAAUGUCCAAAUUUGGACUGCACUCAACAUCAGAGUAAAGUUCAAGCAGAAUUCUUGUAUCAAAAAUGUAAAUAAUAUAUUUGUUUAUAUUUUUGAUAGCUGAUGAAUUCACUUUAUUCGUUUAAGUAUAAAAAUAUAAUUUAUAUUCAUAGCGAUAAAGUAUACGCCGUUCAGGUAUUAUAUUUGUUGGAAUCAAUAUAGAUACGUUUUAAUGUUAUAAAUAAUGAUAUUAAUUAUAUUUAUAUACAUGUUCAUUGUUGUUUUCUUUAUUGAUUAAUUGAUACGAAAUAUUUAAGUGUAAUUUAGUAAGUAAACAUGUACUACACUGCAA